AUGGGUCUCACCUCCGGAGGGAUCCACGCCCCGGUGCCCUGGGUCGGCAUGCUGCGUCUGUUUCUCCUGCUGCUGCUGGGGGCCUGCCUCUCGCUGGCGCCCCCGGCCGCGGCCAUCCCCAUCCGCGGGCUGGAUGCCCUGCUGCCGCGCCUGACGGCGGCCAGCGUGGCCGGCAUGUCCCGGGCCGAGGCCGACGCCAUGGCCCUGGCCCUGCGGGCCGCCGGCGGCGACCAGCGCAUGGUCCUGGCCCUGUACUAUGGGCUGCAAUUCGACUGGGACGCCGGUCGCCGGGUCGAUGCCCUGGCCGGGCCGCCGGCCUGCCCGGCCUCCUGCCCGGGCAAUUGCGACCAGUAUGGCUGCAUCGGCUGCCCCCGCGGCAUGGGGAUGGCCUUCGGCCGCGAGGGCACGCUCUGCACCCAGAACACGGACCUGUGCCCGGAGCCGGCGCUCCCCUGGAUGGAGGGCGCCCCGGUGGACCCGGACGCCGAGGGUGCCAUCGGCAUCUUCUGCCCGGACGGCUGCCGCCUCUAUGACCAAAUCAACCGCAUAUGCCUCCAGUGCUUUGAGAGCUACUCGCUGUCUGGCAACGACUGCUUCCAGUGCCCGGAGGCAUGCCGCGCAUGCGAGGGCGGACCGCGGUGCUCCUCCUGCCAUACGGGCUUCUACCUGGAUGGGGGCUCCUGCCAUGCCUGCUCGGACAACUGCCUGACAUGCACGUCCGGCACCAGCUGCUCCGCAUGUGCUGCCGACCACGUCCACCACGAUGGCGGCUGCGUGCGCUUCUGCCCGGCGGGCUUCUUCAAAGCCACCGACGCAUGCGUCCCGUGCUCGGCCAACUGCGAGAACUGCCUGUCCGAAACCAUCUGCCUGAGCUGCUUCCCCGGCUACUUCCGCUUCAGCCAGACAUGCCUGUCAACCUGCCCCGCCGGGUCCUACGGCUCCGACAGCGGCACCUGCCGGGCCUGCAGCGGCAGCUGCCUGACCUGCACCUCGGACACCAGUUGCACCACCUGCUCCUCCGGCUACCUGCAUCACGAGGGUGGCUGCGUGUCGGCCUGCCCGAGCGGCUUCUUCCCGUCCGAUGGAUCGUGCGCCCCCUGCACGGGCACCUGCGCCCAAUGCACCUCGGCCGCCCACUGCACCGCCUGCAGCCCGGGCUACUACCUCCACGGAGGCACCUGCCAAGGGACCUGCCCCGGCCGCACCUUCCCUUUCAAUGGCGCGUGCAUCGCUUGCUCGGCCAAUUGCGCCGCAUGCACCUCCGACAUCGAGUGCCAGACUUGCGAUCCCGGGUACCUCCGCCAUGCGGGCGGCUGCGUGUCCCAGUGCCCCGGCGGCUUUUUCCCCUCGGCCACCGCAUGCACCGCCUGCCCGGACGAGUGCCAGGCCUGCUCCUCGGCCACCUAUUGCCAAGUGUGCAGCCAGGGCUACCACCUUCUCGAUGGUGCGUGCGUGACUGCCUGCCCCCCGGGCACCUAUGCCUCGGCCGGCGCAUGUGCCCCCUGCUCGGAGCACUGCCACUUCUGCUCCUCCGCCACCGACUGCACGGCCUGCGCCGGCGGCUACCUGCACCACAGCGGCGGCUGCGUGGCCUCCUGCCCGGGCGGCUUCUUUGCAUCGAACGAUGUACUGCACGUCCAGCACCAACUGCACGGCCUGUGCGUCCACCUACCUGCGCCACAACGGCGGCUGCGUGGCCUCCUGUCCUUCGGGCUUCUUCGCGACAAGCGGCGCAUGCUCGCCCUGCUCGGUCAACUGCACGGCUUGUUCCUCCGGCAGCAACUGCACGACCUGUGCAAGCAACUACUUGCGCCACAACGGCGGCUGUGUCUCUUCCUGUCCCCCUGGCUUCUUCGACUCUGGUGGCGCAUGCUCGGCCUGCUCGGCCAACUGCACGACCUGCUCUUCCAGUAG